AUGGUACCACCUUAUGGUAUUAAGGGUAAUAAGAUGAAGAAAUCUGAGAGAUAUGAUAAAGAAAAAGAAGAAGAUGGUUCAUUUGAGAUUGAAUAUGGAAUUCCAAAUCCACCUCAACAAUCUCAACAAUCAAAGCCCAAACCACAAGCUGGUGUUAUAUUUGUCCUUGAGAGAGCUUCUUUGGAAGUUGGCAAAGUUGGAAAGACUUAUCAGCUUUUAAACUCUGACAAUCACUCAAACUUUUUAAGGAACAAUGGCAAAAACGAAAGUGAUUACCGACCUGAUAUUGUCCAUCAGGCCCUUUUGGCCAUCUUAGAUAGUCCACUUAACAAAGCUGGAAGGUUAAAAGGAUUGUACGUAAGAACUGAGAAAGGGGUUUUAAUUGAAGUGAAACCUCGAACUCAUUUGCCAAGAACAUUGAAACGUUUUUAUGGUCUCAUGUCGCAACUGUUACAAAGGCUAAGUAUAAAGAAUGAAAAAACUCAUGCAAAACUUCUGCGUGUAAUCAAAAAUCCUGUAACUCAGUAUUUACCUAUCAAUUCUCAUAAAAUCGGGUUCUCUUUUAGCUCGGAAAAGUUGAUAAAAAUGAAAGAUUACGUCCAUAACUUUGAAAGUGAUAGAGACAUCGUUUUUGUGGUUGGUGCAAUGGCUCAUGGAAAGAUUGAGCCGGACUAUGCCGAUGAUUUUAUAGCUGUUUCUAAUUAUCCGCUGAGCGCUGCACGUUGUACCACAAUGAUUUGUCAGUCGCUAGAGGAAAAGUGGAACAUAAUUUGAAGAGAAAUUCGUCUCUACUGUUAGGAUUAGCUAUUAAAAACUAAACUAUUUAUAAUUGUGAGAGAAUUUCAUUUCUAGUCCCUCGUUUUUGUUUUUGAUUUCCAAGUUCAGAUUUAUGGAAUUUAAAUAAAACAUUUUUUUUAACAACAAUUUAAAUAAAACAUUAUCUACUUUUGUGAAACCCAA